ACAUGUCUCUAUUUUACACUUUCCCAUCUUCAACACAUACUCAUAUAUACAUAACAACAUACACACACUAUUCUCAUAACCUAUAACUAGUAAUAUUAAGGAUGUCAUCAAAGCCUUCUAACAUUGUUGUACAAAGGAAUCAUCAGAGGAAAGAGAAGGACACAAUGAUGAGCCUUGAUCAUAGUAAGCUAAAAAGAGAAUUGUCCAAUCUCUCCAAUGAAGCCUACCAUGUUGAAUCUUCUUCAAUUCCCUUUGUGUGGGAAUCUCAACCAGGAACUCCAAAGGUUAGAUUCAAAGAAAAUUCUCUCCCUCCUCUCACACCACCACCAUCUUAUUUCCAAAAUGCUACCAAAAAAGCCACUACCAAGGCCAAGAAUAAGAACUCACCUAAAUCUAGCUUCUUGCAAACUCUAUUCCCCAAACGUGCUACUAGAAAAGGUGGUGUUCCUCCACAAACUGGAUCUCAAAAUAUUUGGUCUUAUUCUUCUAAUUCUCCCUCUUCUUCUUCCUCUUCUUCGUCAUCAUCUUUGUCAUUCUCUUCGCCACGGCCUACGUCGUAUUCAGUGCCAUCUUCUCCGAUGAUACACUCGCGGAAGGGUGAAGAAGAUGAAGAUCUGUAUGAGGUGAGUAGUUCGGGUUUGUGCUUUGGUAAUGCCAGGUCAAGAGGGUGUUAUUCAUCCAUGUUCAAGAAAGUACUGCUUGGAGAUUUUCUGUGAUGUUGCAUAGGCUCAUAGCUGCCUUUUCUCUAUGGUUGUUGUUAAUAAUGUGUGGCUAGUUGGAUAGAUUGUAUGUGCCAAACUGAUUCUUAAAGUAAUGAAGUGCAUCAUAUCUUUAACUUCCUUAUCUA